AUGCCCGCCGACCGGCUGCUGACGACGGUCUUGCGGGCCUACCAAGACCCUCUCAACCCAGCCGAGACCGACAAGAUCUUCGCGACGACCAACAUGCUCCUGACGAACCUGAACAACCCGCUCAACCUCUCCCUCCUCACCGCGCAUUUCCUGACGGCGCGCGCCAUAUGGCAAUUGCCAGACGGCCUGCGGACAUGUCUGCGCAUCAUCAGCAUCUACAACACGGCCGCCAUAAACGUGCGAAGGAACGAGCUACACAAUGCGAACGCCGCAAGUGGACAGCCGCCGGCAGGCAGCGGCGUCCAUGCCGAGGAGUGGGCGCGUGUAAUCGCGAAAGGGUUGGAUGACAAGACCAGCAGGUGGACGCACACCCUGGUGCUUGCCGGCAUCCUGAUGGGCAUGGAAGCCGACGAGAGGAGGUCCUUGUCCUGGAGCUUGCGGUCGACGCUAGAACAAGCCGUCGUCACGGCGGCGAACCUCGCGUUGGAGGAUCCGAUACGGACGGGGCCGUUGGGAAGAGGCGCUGUUGUCCUAGCACUCACAUACGCGUUUCCGCUGCUGUCCGAGUCGGCCAAGCAGCUGCUGAAUUGCAAUGCUCUGCUGCCAGCUGCGAUCGAAGCAAUGGUGGGAGAGGAAGGGUUCCAACAUGGCGACUUCAUCCAAGCCAUAUCGAACGACGUUGCGCCAGAGCGCAGUAUAGUCUGGUAUACAGGUUCGCCCUCGGUGGCUCGACUCCAAAAGCUUGAGUCCCAUCCCCUGGCGCAGAACAUGGGCCCCCUAUCACGGCUCGUCGCCUUCGCUGUGCAAAACGCCACAGACUCAAGUGCUGUUCUCCAUGUGCAGGAAGAGCUCCUAGCUUUCACGGCAGGGUUAUUGGAGCAAUGGGAACAAUGUGCGCUCUCAAGGAUCGACCUAUCAGUCGAAGCCAUGACUCUUUCCCCUGAGAUUCUGCAAGGCCCCUGGCCGACGCUAUGGGAGCUGCUGAAGAAGAUCAUGUACACCGUCGUGGCAACGCUCCAACCCAUAGUUGGGCGCUCCCUUCUCGAUCCUCAUCUGCGGAACGCCGCGACCGCUCCGACAGUCACUCUGAAAACGCUACAUAUAUUGCGCCACCUGUCCUUCAUAUCCUCGCGCCAGGGUGCGAAUGCCUUCCAGGUCUACACCUUUACCUACCUCACCACCCUGGACAUCCUCACGCGGUAUUCAGACGCCUGCGCCAGCUUCCUGCAGGAGACGCAACCCCCUUUACCAUCACAGGCCGGCGGCACGUCCCCCUCCCCCGUGACGCAGGCCCUGACGCUCUUCUACCUCAACACAGCAGAGCACCUCCCACUCUCACUGCCCACACCCGCAUGCGAGAGCCUGAUCAUCGGGCCCGCGACAGCAUACCUCUCCCCCGGCACCACCACAACAGCCACGAACAACGCCACCACCCCAUCGCUAACACUUGAGCUCUUCGAAUCCGCCCACGCCGCCAUCCUCUCCGUGAUGUCAUGCCCGCAGCACUCAUCCCUAACCGUAUCACUAAUCCCCUUCUACAUCGACGCGCUCCUCUCCGCCUUCCCCUUGCGCAUCUCGCCGCGCCAGUUCCGCCUCGCCUUCCGCACCGUCGUGCAGAUCGCCGGCCCGCCCUUCCCCAUCGCGGCCUCCCACCCGGCGCUCUCCGAGACGCUCCUCGAGAUGCUGCGGUUCCGCGCCUCGCCGGCCGAGGGGGGCGCCUCCACUUCGCCCUUGCCCCCUGACCAAACCCAAACCCAACUCCAACAACAACAACAACAACAACCAGCAGCCGCACAACAACCACCACCCGACGCCCCGCUCUCCGAACAGACCACCCUAGUCCUAGCCCUCAUCGACGCCCUCCCGCACCUCCCCCUGCCCAUCCUCGAGGACUGGCUCAGCCGCGCCGCGGACGCCAUGAACUGCAUCGCCGACGCCGGUAUGCGGGAGGCGGCGCGCCGGCGCUUCUGGGACGUUCUCGUUAGCGGCGAGAUGGACGUCGAGCGCGCGGCCGUGGGCGUCGCGUGGUGGGGGACGCGGGGCGGGCGGGAGAUGGUGUUGUCGGGUGGUCGUGGACGGGGAGGUGGGGAUGAUGAUGGCGCAGAGUUCCUGAUGAGUGGUGCGUUGGGGCAGGGGGAGGGGAGCCGGUUGUGA